CCUGACGUCUGUGGGCUUAGAGGACCUGCUUCCCGGCCAUAGCCCCAGUGCUUUGAGGAGACAUUCAGUUCAGGAUCAUGCUCCUGUUUUCGUCGCUUCCUGUCCUUCUGUGUGUGCUGACAGCAGCCAACUCAGAAGCUGAAGUCUCGGGCGAUGUCCAGAAGUCGUGCUCAGUGGUUACCUGUGCCAUCCCGGGCAGAGAUGGGCGAGACGGACCCAAGGGAGAAAAGGGCGAGCCAGGACAAGGGCUCCGAGGUUUGCAGGGCCCUCCAGGAAAACUGGGGCCUCCAGGAAAUGUCGGGGCUCCUGGGGUUCCUGGGGCUCCAGGACCAAAGGGCACCAAAGGAGACCAAGGAGAUAGUUCAGUUGCUGAGACGAUGCUGGCUAACCUGGAGAGGGAGAUAACGAGCCUGAAAUCAGAACUGGACCAUGUCAAAAAGUUGCAAACCUUCUCCUUGGGCAAAAAGACUGGGAAGAAGUUCUACGUGACCAAUGGUGAAGAGAUGACUUUUUCCAAAGUGAAAGCUCUGUGCGCCGAGCUCCAGGGCACUGUGGCCUCCCCUAGGAAUGCCAAUGAGAACAAAGCCAUCCAGGAUGUGGCCAAGAGCACGGCCUUCCUGGGCAUCACGGAUGAGGUGACGGAGGGUCAGUUUAUGUAUGUGACAGGGGAGAGACUGACCUACAGCAACUGGAAUACUGGUGAGCCUAACGAUGCCAGCGGGGAGGACUGUGUGACCAUCCUGGAGGACGGGCUCUGGAAUGACAUCUCCUGUGGCAUCCCCCACCUGGCCGUCUGUGAAUUCCCAGCCUGAGGAGGCAGCUACCUCAGCCCCCUCCUGACCUCCCUGCUCUGUUCUCUCCUGAUGAAAGA